CUGAUCAAAAAUCCCUUAAAAUGAAGAUCGCUGUUGAAGGUUGCUGUCAUGGUGAAUUGGACAAGAUUUACGAAACCAUUGCACACCUGGAAAAGAAGGAAGACAUCAAAGUUGACCUGCUGUUGUGCUGUGGAGAUUUUCAAGCUGUUCGUAAUGAAGAUGAUCUUUCUUGCAUGGCAGUCCCUCCAAAGUAUCGGCAUAUGCAAACAUUUUACAAGUACUAUUCCGGAGAGAAGAAGGCCCCUGUACUUACAAUCUUCAUAGGAGGGAAUCAUGAGGCUGCCAAUCAUUUGUGGGAACUACCUUAUGGAGGGUGGGUAGCCCCAAAUAUCUACUAUCUGGGGUAUGCUGGGGUGGUCAACUUCGGUGGUAUGAGAAUUGGUGGUCUGUCAGGCAUCUACAAAAGUCAUGAUUACAACAAAGGACAUUUUGAGAGGCCACCAUACAACGAUUCCACUGUUCGCAGUGCAUAUCACAUUAGAAGUUUUGAUGUCUUCAUGUUGAAACUUAUUUCACAGCCAAUUGAUAUUUUCCUGUCACAUGACUGGCCUCAAGGAGUUUAUCACCAUGGAAACCUUCAAGAAUUAUACAGGUUUAAGGACUUUCUUAAACCAGAGAUUGAGAGCAACACAUUGGGAAGUCCUCCAGCAGCAGAGUUACUGACUUCACUGAAGCCAACAUACUGGUUUUCAGCACACCUGCACACAAAGUUUCCAGCCUUAGUACCACAUGAAUCCCAAGAGGGAUUCAAAUUCACCAAGUUUCUUGCCCUUGAUAAAUGCCUUCCAAGACGAGAGUUUCUGCAGGUGAUUGAUGUUGGUCCUUCGCAAGCACCCCUAGAGCUGACUUAUGAUCCUGAAUGGCUUGCAAUAACAAAGCUUACAAGUUCCCUUAACAAUUCAACACCAAGGACAACAUUUAUACCAAAUGCAGAACAAAUAUCACAAUACAUACCUGAUGGUCAGAUGGUUGAUGAAGUUAUUAAAACAUUUGGAAGCCCACCAAAGAUUACAGACAAUUUUGAGAUAACUACCACUCCAUACAAUCCAGAUAAACCAAAAAAGGUUUACAUGGCUCAAAUACUGGCUGUUAUGAACCCUCAAACUGAGACUUUUUGUGCCAAACUUGGAAUUAACAAUCCCUGCUGUUCUGAAAAGUCUGUUACUCCUUGCCCCAAUCCCGAAGAAAUAGAGCUAAGUGAUGGAGAUGAAAAUAACUCCACCUUUCUUGGUAAUCCUGAUGAAAUUAUCGUUGAUGAUGAUGAAGUUGAUGUGACUGAAGCAGAACCCAACAUUGAUUCAUCUGUUGUCAGUAUUGUUCCAACUCCUGAUGUGAACAAACUGAAUCAAAACAGGUCUCUAUUGGAACUUCCAAAGCCUGUGAAUAUUUUUACUAAAAGUGAAGAGCACUAUGCAUUGUGUGAAGAUGACUCUCCUCACACUGAGGGUAGAAAUUGUGAGCAUGAGGAGGUAACUCAUGACAGUUCACGUUUAGAACCUCAAAAAAAGGUUUUGAAAAUUAUGAGGAGAAAUCAGACACUCUACGCUUCAAAUGACAAUGAUGAAGACAGCGAUGCUUGAUUCUGAAGCAGGGACAUUGUCACUAUUGUUAUUUCAUGGACUAAUUUUUUAACCAUUAUCAUUAAAACUGCACUUCUCCUUCUCCUAGCUGCUUGUGAACUAUGAUCUUUAUGAACUUGUUAUUUAAUACAAUAACUACUUAAACAAAAGAAAAGAUGUACUACAGUAGAUCAUUCUGAAGAAAAAUAGAACCUUCUGUCAAAA